CCUCCAGUACUAGCCGUAAGCCUAUGGAAAUCCCCUCAUAAAGGGAAAGAAACAGAGCGUCAUCGGGAGACGCUUUUUCAGUUUCGCACUAUGAAUCCGGAAUGUAUUAGGAAAACUUGGGAUUCUAUUAAUGAAGUACAACUACAGUUCAGGGUGCCAGGAGUGCAUCACAUAAUAUACUCAGUUGAUGGAUUUCUCAUGCUAGCCACAGGUGAGAAUGGGUUUAGUCUCUUAAACCCAUUAACCCAUGAGUUGGUAACGGUUGUUUCUCCUAUUAGUAACUGGGACAGGGUUGGAUUUGCAAGACUUGGGGAUACUUACAAGAUUGUGUUUGUGGGUGAUUCUUACUGUGCAAUCAAUCAGUUGGGGACAGAUCAGUGGAAAUACAAAUCUUUUGAUAACACUAGGUUUAGUUAUGACAAGUUCAAUACCUGUCUUCUGGAUAAGAGACAAUACUGGGUUGGACAUGACACAAGCAAGAAGGAUGCCAUAAUUCUGGUGUUUGACUUUGAGUCAGAGGAAUUUUCUACUAUUUCUCCCCCUCCUCUUAUCAAUUAUCCUGAUGGAGUGAGUAUACCCGAGUGCAGCCAAAUCUCGGAGCAGGAUGGGAAGAUCACUAUUUGUGGGGAACUCUCUCGUGGAAUACUCCAAGUAUGGGUUAGAGAAGAGCUUGACAAGAAUGAGUGGACAAAAGUGGCGACCCUGGCCAUGUAUUCUCGCUUAGGGCACGAUAAUGAGGAACAUAACUACCGCUUGAUUAAGAUUUUCGGAGAGAAGGAUGAGGGGCAGAGAGAUUCUGAUUGUUUGCUAUUGAUUCGUAGACCUGAUGUGUUUCACUUUUUGACUGACUUACCAUAUGUAUGGGUAUUGAGAUAUCCUUUCGAUAAAAAGCUUGAUUGGGAUAGCUUCCUCCAUCCAGCCCUCCAUUCAUUCUCCAUGAAUAGACUGUUUGACAUGCCAAAGAAAGAAAGAGAUUCUGGGAAAGGCUGUGAGUGAUUUAAAUACUGAAAUAGAUUGGAGUAUGGGGCAAAGAAACAGAUUCAAGAAAGAGAUUUCACAGAGGCAGUGAAUGAUCAAGAAAGAGAUUCACAGAGGCAGUGAAUGAUCAAAUAAUUGGAUAUGACAUAUUUUGGCAUAUUUUAGGCAUUGUUUUCGAAUUGUUUUCGAAUAAUUGGUUUUUGCUAUUAAUCAAAUAUUGGAUUUAGAUCG